CUUUUCUUUUCUUUUCUUCUUUUUUAAGAAGAAGAAUCAUUCCGGUUCAUGUAACUUCAAGCAGCGGAUUAUCCAAACAAGUCAUGGCGGAGCUAGGCGCAGAAGGAUCCGCAAAACCUCUACUGACCGCGGCGGAGAAACAACUCCUCCGCCGACGACAGGAGCUCGACUACUGGAAGCAAAACGCAUCGCGGAUCCGCAGCCGGAACCUGCUGACCGGCCUGGCUAUCGGAACGUUUGUGGUCGGCUUGUUCAGCUACACCAUCCUGUCCGUCAAACAGGAGAGAAUCAUGGACGAGCUGGAUGAAGAAGCCAAGGUCCACAUCAUCAGAGGGCCGCGGACCGGCGCCAACUCCUGAUGGCACCGACCAUGAACUGUCCUGGACUUACCGUAGAGUAGAUGCAUAGACUGUAUGGUGACAUCGCACUGGCAUGUGAUGAGGCAUGUCUGCUGAGCUUCUCAUACUAAAGACACAUUUCCAUUUCAUUUCAACUUGAUUUUUGUUGUUGUUGUUGUUGGGGGAUUUCCAUUUGGAAAAAGCUGUGGAUAGUGGGGCCGGGGCCAAUAUGCGUUUGUCCCGAUUCCAUUCUUUCACGAUACAUGGGUGCAGAUUUGAUUUGUAUUGCAAUUUUCAUGUAUUGCGAUUUCACUAGUAUUGAGCGUUGCGAUUUUCUUUUCCUUUUUUAACAAAAAGAAAAGUUGAAUAAUACACCUCUAGGGACAACAUAUCAUGACACAUAAUCGUUUUCUAAGAAGAAUGCACGUCACAUGUCAGUCAGUUUGACAUUUAUUUUAUUUAUAAAGAAAAACAUAACAUGGAUUCUGUGCAUUUUCUGCUUUCCGUCAGUUUUGCUGGAAACGGAUAUGAUGUAGUCGCCGUCAGCAGUACCGUAUAAACAGAAAAUACUUAGGUGAAUCAUAAUCAAUAAUAUUGAUUGUGGGGAAAAUAAUAAAUUUAAAAAAUCACGAGAUAUAUGAUUCUCUAUUUUUUUUAGUGGAUAGUAUCUGGUACCACCUCGGUUGACGUUCCAAGCGAGCAGACAGUGUGAAACACUGCAGACCAUUGAUUGGUCAAAGAGACACGGGACAUCCUCCACAAUCCCGCCAUUUUUUAAAUAGCCAAGCUAACGUCAAUAGCGACCACAAUUUCUUGAGUAACUCGGCCCAGAUUUAAAAAAAAAAUAAAAUAACUGGCAGCCUGCAAAAAACGCCGGGG